AACGACCUAGAAAAUGGGAAAAUAGACCUAUCUAUCACAUACCAAUUAACCAGUUUUCCUUCUGGAGCAGGAUCAACAUCCAAGGUCUUUGGAUAUAUUUCGGGUUUUUUCAAUCAAAAAUCGCUAUAAAAGAAGAAAUUUUGCAGGAGUAAAGUACAAUUCACCAAUAAAUCAAAGCAAAAUGUUCACCAAGGUAGCUGUACUCUUCGCUAUUGUCGCCGCCGUGUCUGCGGGAAUUGUUCCUGGAGCAGCUGUAGGAGGCCACAGUGUUAGUUCUCGCAAACAAGACGAUUUCGGAAACUACGCCUUUAAUUACCAGAUUGUUAAUGGAGUGGGUGCCACCAACGGACGCAGCGAAGUCGGUGACGGCUGGGGCAACAAGAGGGGAUCUUACGUCAUCGGUGACAUCGACGGACGUGCCAGAAGAGUGGAAUAUGUAGCCGACGCCGCCGGAUUCAGAGCCGUAGUCAAAACUAACGAACCAGGAACCGCCUUGAGCGCCCCAGCAGCCGCUGCCGUCGCAUCCCCCUACACUGGACCCAUUUCUGGAAGUCCAGCUGUCGUCGCUCACGCAGCAGUCGCCCCCGUGGCGGCGGUGGCAGCCCCCGUAGCCGCCGUAGGAUACAAGGGUGUUGUUGGAGCCCCCUUUGGUGCAUACGGUGCUUACGGUGCUUAUGGUGCUUACGGUGCCCCAGUAGCCGCUUUGGGCUACAAAGGCUAAAUCUGUAAAUUACAUAAUUUAUUUUCUUUUUUAAAUUACGUGGAUCGCUGAAAUCUAAGGCUGUUUCAAUGUUACUACGAGAGACCAUCGAAAUAAAAUUUGAUAUAUUUAUCACACGUUUGUUGAGUUUAUUGGUAUUUAACUUUAAGGCUAUCAUUGAAGCGUCGAUAUUAGUUUUUAUUGUAUUUAAAGAAUCGUAGUGACAUUUCGUUCAUUGCUUCGAGC